UUUAGAUCAUCUACCGCUGCCUGCGCACGUUCAGAUCUUUGAUUGGUUUGCAGCAAGCUGACGCCUCACGUCAUCUGUGUGCGACUAAGAGUUGUUGCGAGCAGGCUGUAAAAUGGCGCCGUCUCCAACCAAGAGGAAGGAGGAUGACAAGAUUAAACCGCGCGGUAAGGAGAAGUCAGGAGCCACGAAAGAAGGGGCUGACAAAAGCCGCGGCCGUGAGAAGAACCGUACACGGCGCAGUGCUUCCAGUGGGAGCAGCAGCUCCAGCAGCAGCUCCGGCUCCAGCUCCGGCUCCUCCAGCGGCUCCAGCUCCUCGGCCUCGAGCCACUCGGGCUCGUCCAGCUCCCGCUCCUCAUCCUCCUCCUCAUCCUCCUCGCCAGGCACCGGCCGCCAGCGCCACAACAACAGACGGCGCUCACGCUCAAAGUCCAAAUCUGCUAAGAAGGACGACAGGGACAGACGCCGUAGAAGUCCCACGCCCAAACCCACCAAGGUUUUCCUGGGCCGGCUGACGAGAAACAUCAUCAAGGAUCACAUCCAGGAGAUUUUCUCCACCUAUGGAAAGAUCAAGAUGAUUGACAUGCCUGUGAACCGCACCCACCCGCACCUGUAUAAAGGCUACGCUUACGUGGAGUUUGAGACACCUGACGAGGCAGAGAAGGCCCUGAAACACAUGGACGGAGGUCAGAUUGACGGUCAGGAGAUCACAGUCACAGCCGUGCUGACUCCCACAGUGCGCCUGCCACCUCGCAGGAUGUCCCCACCCCGCAGGAUGCCUCCUCCGCCCCCAAUGUGGCGUCGCACCCCACCUCGAAUGAGGCGAAGGUCUCGGUCUCCACGGCGACGCUCUCCAGUCCGCCGCAGGUCUCGAUCCCCCGGCCGCCGCCGUCACCGGUCCCGUUCCAGCUCUAACUCCUCGCGCUAAUCAUUGGCAAACCCCCGACUCCUCCCGCCUGGAUCUGUUGAUCUACCGUGUCCUUAAGAUCAGUGUGACCAAGUAAAUAUACGAGACAAACAUUCUUAUGGUUAACUGUUAUGAAUGAUGAGUGUGGACGUUAAAAAUCUAUAAUGUCUCACUUGGUGAAUUGUUUCAAACUGUUUUGAAACACUGGGACAUGUUCUGUGUUAAAUGUGAAGAAACAAGCUCUAUAUGACAAAAGACUUCUUUGAGGAGUUCUAAAGCUAAAUGGUCUAACAUAAUACACGAUUGGUGCUGGAGAAGAACGGAGAAAUCAAUUUAUAUUGAUAAAAAUAAAGUCGUGUAUCUAGAAUUGUUAGAUUUACUGAACACAUUUCAUAAAUAACGACCUUCCAUGGUUCGUAUAGAUGGUGAAUGUGGUUUUUCAUUGGAGAAUAUGAAGUACUCGGCAAUUUUCAGGAGUUAAAAAUGUGUUUAUUUUUUAUUAAAUUUACUUAUGGAUUAACACAAACACUAAUACCAAUAAAACAUUGGCAAUGAAUUAAUAUUGCUGAUAUCAGUAUAGCUUUACUUUGAAGUAGGGUUGGUAAUUUCUUUCUGAAACAAUUGAAAUCUUCUUCACGUCCAACAAGCCAGAAAUAAAUUUAGUUUUCUGUAUUGGUGGCACUUACAUACUGUACUAACAUACAGACAAAAAGGGACAAGUAACAGAUCAGACUAAUGAGUAAACGAUACUGUUUUAAUGUCAAUUGUUCUCGGAAAUCCCGCCGACAGCCCCCAUUAACCCCGCCACUAGGGGUCACUAAACUUUGAUUCCCAUACUAUUCAAACUGUAUUAAACUUCCUGUGACUGAAUGAGCAGAAGCUGUGACAGUAAAUGAUUAAAAAAGGCCCCUAGACAUUGACCAAUAUUUUUCCAUGAUUGAUACAGUGUCAAUACAAAGAGGUUGGAUGUUAACAGCCUAAAUUACUUAUGCAGUUCUGAUCUCCACCUGUUUUCUUAUAACUGUGACACGGUGAACUUCGGAUCCAGGCAUCUAUGGUUUUAGUUUUUUUUAGAGAGAGUUGUGCUCAAUCUUCAUGACAUAGUGUGUGUGUGUGUCUCAUUUUGUAUUGCCUGUUUAAUGUGCCGUUUAACUUGACAAUAAAAAGGCCAUGACUGGAACUUUAAAAA